AUGAAGCAGCUGAGCGCCGCCAACUCUGCCUUCCUCCAGGCCCUGCUCCGCACCUUGAGAGAAGACAGCCCCUGUGGGACCCUCUUCUUCUCCCCCCUGAGCAUCGCCUCGGCGCUGGCCAUGGUCGUCCUGGGGACCAGAGGCAACACUGCGGCCCAGCUGUCCAAGGGCGACUCUGAAGGUGCCAGGAGUGUGAUUAACCAGUGGGUCCAAGAGCAAACGGAAGGGAAGAUUCCAGAACUGUUGGCAGCAGGUGUGGAGGAUCGCAUGACUGUGCUUGAGCUGGUGAAUGCCAUCUACUUCAAAGGCCCCUGGCAGGAUGAAUUUAGUAAAGAGGAAGCCAGGGUCCCUCGUUUCUGGUUGAAUAAGCGAAGAGCAAAUAUGGUGAAAAUGAUGUACCAGAAGAAGAAACUGCCAUUCAGCUACAUCCAGGAGCUCCAGUGCCACGUGCUGGAACUGCCGUACAAGGGCGGGGAGCUCAGCAUGGUCAUCCUGCUGCCCGAUGACAUAGAGGACCAGUCCACAGGGCUGGAGAAGAUCCUGAAGUUGACUCUGGAAAAACAGUGUGAGUGGACCAAGCCUGAGAAUAUGCAUAGUCAUAUGGAUGGCCACGUGCAUUUGCCCAAAUUCAGGCUGGAGAAGACCUAUGAUCUCAGGUCCCACCUGGCUCGCAUGGGUGUGGGAGAUCUCUUUAGCAGGAGCAAGGCUGAUCUGUCUGGCAUGACAGAAACCAGAGGUAUUUUCGUAUCAAGAGUUAUCCAUAAGUCCUUUGUGGAGGUGAGUGAGGUGGGCAUAGAGGCAGCAGCUGCCACAGCUGUCACAGUAAUGCCGUCCGAUGUAGAUGAACAUUUCAGUGCCGACCAUCCAUUCACCUUCGUGAUUCGUCACAACUCCUCUGGCAGCAUCCUGUUCUUGGGCAGAUUGCAUUCCCCUUAGAGGCUGUAGAAAUACAAGGUCUGGGCCU